AUGCCGUGGAUGCACGAUGGAUUCAAAGCACGCGCAGCUGUCGACAGCGCUAUGUAUGCGACCAUUCUUGUGACCCUGGUGCGGGCCACGCGUGCAUUUGUCAACGGGGCUACCGACCGGCUGGACCUGAGGAUCGGUCGCGCCUCAUUGGUUACGGCAGCGGAGCAGCAGACGGUAUUAAAGGUCAAGGUCGGGUCUGCUUGGACGUCGAUGAAUGCGAAGAUGCUACAGUUCGCGCUGAAUGUACGCAACGUGGCGGAGUUUGUACGAACCGUCCAGGAGAUCAUCAAUGCCUCUGUCCUUCGGGCCGCACAUGCCUUCGUGAGUUCAAGAAAAUUGCAUGCGGCUCGGCGUCAUAUCACAUUCCAGUUGUCUUUAUCAGAUGUGGCACUUUAUUCUCCAACUGUGAUGUUUUAG